AUGGCGGCGGAGGUAACCCUCGCAGAUGCGCUGUCCAACGUGGACGUAUUGGACGAACUACCCCUGCCGGAUCAGCAACCAUGCAUCGAGGCACUGCCAUGCUCGAUCGUCUACCACGCGAACUUCGAUACGAAUUUCGAGGACCGCAACGCCUUCGUUACCGGUGUUGCGAAGUACAUCGAGGAGGCCACCGUUCAUUCUGAAUUGAACGAGAUGUUGGAGCAAGGACAGCAACAUGCAGUCAUGCUGUACACUUGGAGAUGUUGCUCGAGAGCGAUACCCCAGCCGAAAAGCAACGAACAACCGAACAGGGUGGAAAUUUAUCAGAAAACGGUGGAGGUUCUCAAACCCGAAGUUCGUAAGCUCUUCAACUUCAUGUACUUCCAGCGAAAGGCAAUCGAAAGAUUCACAGCUGAAGUAAAACGCUUGUGUCACCAAGAGAAACGCAAAGACUUCGUGUCCGAGGCCUAUCUACUAACGCUCGGUAAAUUCAUCAACAUGUUCGCCGUGCUUGACGAGCUGAAAAACAUGAAGUCAUCCGUCAAGAACGACUAUGCCACCUACAGGAGAGCCGCACAGUUCCUGAAGGUUCUGGCGGACUCUCAACAACUACAGGAAUCGCAAAACCUCUCGAUGUUCUUGGCAACUCAGAACAAGAUCCGAGACCAGUUGAAAGAUUCUCUGGAGAGGAUUCCGGCCUACGAAGAACUUCUGGCCGAUAUCCUGAAUACGUCCGUGCAGAUGCUGGAAAGUCAUAUGUACAUGCUACCCGCAGAAAAACACAUGCUCGUGAAAGUUCUUGGUUUCGCGGCGUUCCUCAUCGACGGGAAUGUGGCGAACAUAAAUAAACUCGACCAGAAAAAACGAGUAGCAAUCGCCAAGAUCGAUCGAAUUCUGAAGAAUCUCGAGAUGGUCCCAUUGUUCGGCGAUAUGCAGAUCUCCCCCUUUCACUACAUUAUUCAUUCUCCCCAUUAUGACGCCAAGAACUGGCCUCUGUCGGCGUCCAGUUCUCCGUCUCCUCAAAGUGAUCUCUUGAAGAAUCUUCAGCCUAUCAGGGAUGAAUACGCUCGCUACAUAAGUGAGUUGGCGAGACACUCCAACGAGGUUACGACGACCGUCAAGGAGACGCCGAGGACCGAUGACGAGAAUCGGGAACUCUCGGAGCUCGCGCUGUCGGGUCUCCAGCUGCUCUCCAACUGGACCUGCCACGUGACCGAGCUGUACUCGUGGAAAUUGAUGCAUCCCACCGAUCCCAACCUGAACAAGUAUUGCCCGGUGGACGCCGAAGAAUACGAGAGGGCGACCAGAUACAAUUAUUCUCCGGAGGAGAAAUUCGCUUUGAUUGAAGUUAUUGCCAUGAUCAAAGGACUCCAGGUCCUCAUGAGUCGCAUGGAGACUGUGUUCACGGACGCAGCCCGGCGACACGUGUAUUUCGAGCUGCAACAAUUCGUGCAGUUGAACUUGCGAGAGCCUCUGCGGAAAGCUGUGAAGAACAAAAAAGAAGUCAUUCGUUCGAUAAUCCAGUCGGUCAGAGAAACUUGCGCCGAUUGGAUGAGAGGCUACGAGCCCAGCGAAGAUCCCGCGCUAAAGGGUAAAAAAGACGCUGAAUACGAAAUCAAGGCUCCCAGACGUAACGUCGGGCCAUCGAGCACGCAGCUCUACAUGGUCCGGACGAUGCUGGAGAGUCUUAUUGCGGACAAGAGUGGUGCCAAACGAAGCUUGCGAAAAGACUUGGAUGCCGCCUCUCUCCAGGAUAUCGAGAAAUUCCACAAAAACUCGUUCUACUGGAACUAUCUUCUGAAUUUCUCACAAACCCUUCAGGAAUGCUGCGAUUUGUCCCAGCUAUGGUACCGUGAAUUCUAUCUCGAAAUGACCAUGGGCAAACGCAUCCAAUUCCCGAUCGAGAUGUCUCUACCUUGGAUUCUCACGGAUCACAUUCUGACCACGAAGAAUCCGGCGAUGAUGGAAUGUGUGCUCUAUCCUCUGGACUUGUACAAUGACUCCGCAUUUUAUGCUUUGACAAAAUUCAAGAAACAAUUCCUAUACGACGAAGUUGAAGCAGAAGUCAAUCUGUGCUUCGAUCAGUUCGCCUACAAGCUAUCAGAUCAGAUUUUCGCUUACUACAAGCAUCUUGCCGGCAGUAUUCUGCUCGACAAAAGGUUCAGAGCGGAAUGCAUGAUACAGGCGGCCGGCACAGCGUUUCCCUACCCUCAGGCCAAUAGAUACGACACUCUUCUGAAACAGAGACACGUUCAGCUACUCGGCAGAUCGAUUGAUCUGAAUCGACUCAUCGCCCAACGAGUUAACGAUGCGAUGCAGAAAAGUCUCAGCCUAGCCAUCCAAAGAUUUGAAUCAUCCAAUAUCACUGGCGUCGUAGAACUCGAGGUGCUGCUCUCUAUAAACCGAUUGGCGCAUCGUUUGCUGUCGAAAUAUCUGCAGUUGGAUUCCUUCGACGCCCAGCUACGCGAAGCGAACCACAAUGUCCUUGCGCCGUACGGAAGAAUUUGUCUCCAUGCUUUCUGGGAACUCAAUUACGAGUUCCUCCCGAACUAUUGCUACAACGCAGCAACGAAUAGAUUUGUGCCUGUCAACAUUCGUGGUCCCAUGAGUUUCGGACAGAAGUUUGAGAGAGAAAAACCGCCUUCCGCGCAGCCCCACUAUCUGUACGGAAGUAAGGUUCUGAAUAUUGCGUACCAGUCGAUAUUCUCUGUCUACGCCAAAUUUAUCGGACCGCCGCAUUUGCGCGCUGUCUGCCGCCUAUUGGGAUAUCAAGGCAUUGCAGUGGUGAUGGAGGAACUAUUGAAGGUUGUCAAAUCACUCAUUCAAGGAACCAUUCUGCAAUAUGCAAAUACGCUGAAGAACGUCAUGCCGAAGGUGUGCCGUUUACCGCGGUAUGACUACGGAUCUCCCGGAAUCCUGGGCUAUUACCAAGCACAGCUCAAUGAUAUCGUUCAAUUCCCGGAUGUCAAGAUGGAUAUGUUCCAGAGCUUCAGAGAGGUGGGAAACGCUCUGCUCUUCUGCAUGCUCGUCGAGCAGCUGCUUUCCCAGGAGGAGGUGUGCGACCUGCAACACGCGGCUCCGUUCCAGAAUAUCCUGCCGACGCCCCAUUGUAAAGAUGGUGAAAAGGCAGAAACCAAACUCAAACGACAGGAACAAAAGUACCUCAACCUGCAGGUCGUUCCGACUAUCGAGCGCAUGGGCACGCCGAAGCAAUCUGCCAUCGCCAAAGAAGGUGAUCUCCUGACCAAGGAGAGGUUGUGUUGCGGUUUGUCUAUUUUCGAGGUGAUUUUAAGUCGUGUUCGCUCCUUCCUCGAGGACCCCAUCUGGACCGGGAUGCCCCCUCAGAACGGGGUAAUGAACGUCGACGAGUGCGACGAAUUCCACAGAUUAUGGUCUGCUCUACAAUUCGUGUAUUGUAUACCCGUGGGUGAAAAUGAGUUCACAGUGGAACAACUGUUUGGCGAAGGCCUGAAUUGGGCGGGUUGCACGAUGAUAGCCUUGUUGGGUCAGCAAAGGCGCUUCGAAGCCCUAGACUUCUGCUAUCACAUACUGAAAGUGCAACGCGUCGAUGGAAAAGACGAGCUGGUGAAGCAGAUCCCACUCAAGAAGAUGGUGGAUCGCAUCAGGAGAUUCCAGGUGUUGAACUCGCAGAUAUUCGCGAUUCUGAACAAAUUUCUCAAGAACGAAGCCACCGAAGGCUAUCCACCCGUGGAGCACGUGCGCUGCUACCCACCUCCGGUCCAUCAAAGUCAGCAGAACCGGAAUCAGUCGACGAUAUACAUGCGGUCGGACCAGCUGGUGUACAAGAAAUAAUUACGACAAAUCACCUGGUGUCUAGAAGGCAAUUAUGGCCAAAUUCCUAAUCAUUAUCGUCUAUGAGACCGAUAAGGUGUUUUACCUACAUGGUAGGGGAAUCGAUUCUUCCGGUUCGAUUGAAGUAUCCUACAGAUCCCUCCAGGGGGAUAUGCAUGGAAAAAUGACUCAGUCUUGUGUACAUAGAAGCAACCGAAUGGUUGCGAGAGGAGGCUGACUCGACGACUUUGAGCUCAUAUGAAGAAAGCAUGUCUUGC